AUAACUUCCAAAUUCAAAUCGUUAAUAUUUUCAAUUUCAAGAACACGAGUUGAACUCGACAGUCGAUGCAAACACUGAUUCAUCAAAAACCUCCCGUAAACAACAAAUUAACAACCAAUGUUUGUCAAGCUUCAGCACUUAGAUACAAACUGCAUCCCAAUUCUCCACCCACUCAACACCUCAAAAACCACCAACACCAAUGGCAAAGCUUCAAUUCCUCUUCCACUCCACCGUACCCAAAGAGAAUUCGAACAACAACUCAUCAAGAAACACCAAAUCCCACCUCAAAACCCAUCUGAUUUUCGCAAAAGAACUGUUUUUGUUAACGCAAAACCGAACCCAGAUGGUUCGGUGGAAACCCCUGUGAAAGAGAAAGUUGCAGUUGAAAAGUGUAGAGGAUUUGAUGGGAGAAUGUGGUUAAGGAAGGAGAAUUUGCACACCAAGUGUUCGACGAAUGUUCUGAGUGGGAAUGAGGUGGUUAAAAAGAUGCACACCAGGUGUUCGACGAAAGUUCUGAGUGGGAAUGUGGUGAAAAAAGUGAAUGCCAGGUGUUCGACAAAUGUUCUGAGUGAGAACGAGGUGAAAAAAGAGCAUACCAGGUGUUCGACGAAUGUUCUGAAUGGAAACGUGGUGGUAAAAGAGGUGCACACCAGGUGUUCGACGAAAGUACCGAGUGAAAACGAGGUGAAAAAAGUGCAUACUAGGUGUUCGACGAAUGCUUUGAGUGGGAAUGAGGUGGUGAAAAAGAUGCCUACCAAAUGUUCAACGAAAUGGGCGAGGUAUGGAGGGUGUAUUCCCGCUAUAUUAGAAGCUUUGGAACGAGUCGAUGAUUUGGACGAAGCUUUUAAACCGUGGGAACUUAGUCUAAGUAACAAGGAAAGAACAAUAAUCUUGAAGGAGCAAAAGGUUUGGCAAAGGGCUAUGGAGAUUUUCGUGUGGUUUAAGAGGAAAGGAUGUUACGAAUUGAACGUAAUUCAUUACAACAUAAUGAUUAGAAUUCUUGGUAAAGCUCGAAAAUGGGAUGAACUCGAGAUGUUGCGUGACGAAAUGGAGAAAAUUGGGAUCGAAUCGAUCAAUUCUACGUAUGGAACUUUGAUUGAUGUUUAUAGCAAAGGUGGGAUUCGGGAAAAAGCGAUGUAUUGGUUAGAUGUGAUGAACACGAAAGGAAUGGAACCCGAUGAGGUGACUAUGGGGAUCGUUGUUCAAAUGUAUAAAACCGCAGGACAGUUUGAAAAGGCCGAGGAGUUUUUUAAAAAAUGGUCGGUGGAUAAACGCACACCAACAAAAACCGAAGCUUUAACAGAUCAUGUUGGUUUAAGCUCGUAUACGUAUAAUACUUUAAUCGAUACUUACGGUAAAGCAGGAAGAGUUAAUGAUGCGUCUGAGACGUUCGAGCAGAUGCUUAAAGAAGGUAUUGUUCCAAAUACGGUGACACUCAAUACGAUGAUUCAUAUGUUUGGUAAUCAUGGUCAGUUAGAUGAAGUUGCAUCGUUGAUGCAGAAAAUGGAGCAAUUUCAUUGCGUACCGGAUACAAGAACGUAUAAUAUACUCAUUUCACUUCAUGUUAAGCAUGACAAUAUCGUUGCGGCAAAAGGGUAUUUUAAAAAGAUACAAGAGGCUUCACUUGAGCCGGAUUCCGUGACUUACCGAACACUUUUAUAUGCUUUUUCAAUACGGCAUAUGGUUUCUGAAGCAGAAGAACUUGUAAACGAGAUGGAUGAAAGAGAUCUCGAGGUAGAUGAAUUCACACAAUCUUCACUUACGAGAAUGUACAUCGAGGCUGGUAUGGUUGAAAAGUCAUGGUUAUGGUUUAAUCGGUUUCAUAUUCAAGGGAAAAUGAGCCCCGAGUGUUACUCCGCGAGUAUUGAUGCGUAUGGAGAACGUGGAUAUAUUUUGGAAGCCGAAAAGGUUUUCAAAUGCUGUCAAGAACGAAGAAAUCCAACUGUACUCGAGUUUAACGUUAUGAUCAAAGCUUACGGCCUUAACAAGAAAUACGAUGAUGCGUGCCGAUUAAUCCAUAGCAUGAAUGAACACGGUGUGUUCCCAGAUAAAUGCAGCUAUAAUUCACUCAUCCAAAUGUUAGCAAGUGCCGAUCUCCCACAAAAAGCUAGUUUUUAUUUACGAAAAAUGCGGGAAUCGCAGUUCGUGAGUGAUUGCGUACCGUAUAGUGCGGUCAUCUCAAGUUUUGUAAAACUGGGUCAGUUGGAAAUGGCGGUUUGUUUGUUUGAAGAAAUGAUCGAGUUUAACGUAAAACCGGAUGUGGUGGUUUAUGGCGUGUUGAUCAAUGCGUAUGCUGACGCUGGAGAUGUUGAAGAAGCUUCACGUUAUGUGAAUGAAAUGAAAGACAUGGGUUUGGUUAUGAAUGAUGUAAUAUGUAACUCGUUGAUUAAACUCUACACGAGAGUCGGGUGUUUGAAAGACGCCGAAGAAGCAUACUAUAUGCUUCAAAAGUUAGACACGGGUACGGAUGUUUAUUCGUGUAACUGUAUGAUUGAUCUGUACACCGAACGAUCAAUGGUGAAACCCGCAGAAGAAAUAUUUGAAAAACUAAGAAGAAAUGGGAACGCGAACGAGUUUUCUUACGCGAUGAUGUUGUGUAUGUACAAGAAAAUCGGGAGUUUUGAUGAAGCUUUAGAGAUGGCGAAACAGAUGAGAGAGUCGGGGCUGUUGACUGAUUUAUUAAGUUAUAAUCAUGUUCUUGGAUUGUAUGCAUCUGAUGGUAGGUUCAAAGAUGCGGUGACGAUAUUUAACGAGAUGGUUGAAUCGGGUGUCCAACCAAACGAUUCGACUUUUAAAUCGCUUGGAGUUGUUCUUAUGAAACGUGGUGUUCCGAAGAAAGCGGUCAAGAAUCUUGAAAUUAUGUGGAGAGAUGAUCAUCAAAGUGGUGUGAAAGCAUGGUUAGAUACUCUCAAUUCAGUUGUGGGUAUGGUUUAUUUUGACAUUAAUGAUUAGUGAUGAUUUACUUGUA